AUGUGGGGAAAUUUGACCUUACAGGUGCUUUGGGCAAAUUUUCUUCUGAUCAAUGUGCAACUCUUCAAAUCUAUUGGAGCUUUCACUGUGCUCUUUGUCGACGAACCUUUGUUUUCUUUUGCCUCAUUUCUGAGCUAUGACUAUAUUAACGAAGACUAUGGCAAGACGGAGACUGUUGUGUUGCCCGUGUCGAACCAGGAUGUAUCAGAAACCACUCCAGAGUCCUGGCCAGAAGCAGACGCGACAGAAGCGAAUCCUGGACAAGCUUCGAAUGUGCCUAGUACUAGACCAAGGGUUGGUGUCGUUCGCAAAUGGACCACGGGGGAGAGUCUAAUUACUACCUUCGCAUUCUUGUCGCUCUGUCUGCUGGCUGCUCAUAAAAAAAAGCGGCCUGCGCUGAAGGAACAAAACCAGCGGACGCAGAAGGAGGGGCAGCUGUUCCAUACUCUAGAAGGUGGAAGACCUUCCGCACAAGAGAGAAAAGGCGCAAGCGAGCCGCCCGUCAGCGCCCAUACGGCGAAAGAACAAAGCAGAGUACAGAUUGUGCGGGGUCUCCUGCCAUUGGCAGUCCGUCUGGCCUUGGCAUUAGACUCACAGGAGUCUCAGGUACUUCUAGAUUGUGCAAGAGAAAAUGUGAAGAAGGCAGAAGCAGCUGUAGCAUCGGCAACCAAAGAGGCAGGACGCAAGAUGCAUCUUGAUAAUGCUGUACAGGCCUUACGCCGUCUGCAUCAAAUGUCCCUUCAGCAGGCACAAGCGCUUGCAAAGGCCGGCUCAAAAGUUCCUAAUUUUGGUCUGCUAGAUCUGGACGAAAAGGGCGGAGUGAUGACGGCUCAGCUAAGUGAUAUUAUCGAAGGGGAGGCAGUUUUUCCCUUCGUGGUUUAUUUGCGUUCUCUCCAGAACAGUGCAAUUAACGUGUGCCAAAUGUUUGAUGGUGCACAUAAGAGGCUUCUGAUGUCGGCGCGAUUUGCAAACGAGGCAGAUGGAGAGCUUUUAUUGUCUGCUGCAGCUGAGCUUGAAUGGUUGCGUUCCAUGGGUGACAGAAAAGCCCACAUACUUCAGAGAGCAACGAAAGUGGAGGAGACUGCAAUGAACGGCAUACGCAUACGUCUCUUGAGUACAGUUGAAGAGUGGAUGAGGACUCUCCAUUUGACUUGCAGCGUCCUAACAGUCUACGUUGGGUUGGUACCAAACACAGUGGAGGCCUCUCCAGAGGAGGGUGGUGCAUCUGCUUAUAAAAACAGUGAAAGUAUUCAACUUCUCAUGAAGAAACUGGAAUGUGCAAGAGAGCUUAUGGGAAGUAUAGAUAGAGAAAAACGAGCUGUGGAGGCAAGCACCUCAGUGGAGAGCGCCAAUGCUUCGUUUGGGCGUGUCGAAAAACUAAACGAAAAGACGCUGGACUUGCUGGAAGAUUGCUGGGAGUUAACGAAGAUCAUGUCUCCUCCUCGUACCGAGCUGAACUCCGAAGACCUUGCAUUACUGAUAAAAGCGACUACAGAGGCCAGCGCUUUCGCCGAAAAACAAAUUAGUUCAGCAAGAGCCAACCUGUCUACUGUUAGAGGAAGGUGCAGCUCUAAUCUGAAUAUCGGAGGUGGGGAACGAACAGUUGCUGGGCAGCUUAGCCCUCCGUUGAAGGAGCAGCUACUUGACGAUGCAAUGGCCAUCGAGGAGUCGGUUGCAGUGCACUACGAGGCAACUCAGAACGCUGUCAAAAAGCUCCGAAACAAGAGCUGUUUGGCGGAUGCUACAGUACUGCUUGAUGAAAUGGAGGAUAGUAUAGCUAACCUCGUGAAGUACAAUGAAAGAUCAAUGACGCUGGUGCUGCAGAGCAAUCUGCAAGUAUUUCUGGAGGAUGAAGUCGAAAGCAGUGUCAGAGCUGCCGAGCACGCUUUCUCGAGCAGCGUGACUUUUCCAGGUCCAAAGCUUGCUGAUUUACACAAGCUUCGAUCCCUUUUAAAUGAAGCCAGGAAGGAGGCGGGGAGCGCUAGCACAUUUGCAGAGGCUGUACAGACAGCGGCGAAGGUGCGAAGCCACGCCGAAGCAAUAGACGAUAUGCUGAAAAACCACCAGAGAAGCUUACUCAAGCUUGAUUGA